AUGAAUUUAGAAGAAAUUGUUAAAACCCUUGCUACUAACACUUUACAGUUUCAGCAGGAAACACAACAAUUUCAACAAGAAACAAGAGCUAGUAUUCAAGAAACGAAGGCUAGUAUUCAGAACUUGGAAAGGCAGAUGGGUCAACUAGCGACUACGGUAAGUCGGUUGGAAUCACAGAGUUCUGGCAAACUACCCUCACAAACGGUGGUUAAUCCAAGAGAAAAUGCAAGUGCAAUUGUGUUGAGAAGUGGUAAGGAAAUUGAAGGGCCUGCGGUUGCUACCCCAUCAGUGAACCAAGAAAAAGAGGGAACUAACAACAAUGAAAAAUCUCAAGGUAAGUCUCCCAACCCUACUGAUUAUGAACCAGUUCCCCCAUUCCCCCAAGCUUUGUCAGAAUCUAUAAAAGGAACGAAAGAUGAAGAGUUAUAUGAAACUUUCAAAAAUUGUGAAGUGAAUAUCCCGUUACUUGAUGCAAUAAAACAAGUUCCUAGGUAUGCUAAGUUCUUAAAGGAGUUGUGUACAACAAAAAGGAAACAAAGGCCAAAGAAGGGUGAUAAAGUGCUAAUGGGUAAGAAUGUUUCUGCUGUAAUUCAAAGCAAGCUUCCGGAAAAAUGCAAGGAUCCAGGUGAUUGUGUUGCUUAUUCUGUUGAUAUUAUUGAUUCAUUUGUUGAAGAAGUUUUUAAAUUUAAUGGUAAAGAUAAAUUGGAAGUUGUUAUUUGUGAACACCUUGAAAAUGAUGAAUUUGCUAUGAGUGACAAUUUACGCGAAAUUAUUGCAUCAUUGAAUCAUUGUCCUAAAUUGCACAAACAAAGUAAUGUUUCUUAUAUGGCUUUACCUGCUUCUAGUGAAAAAUUGUUACCAUCUGUUGUGCAAGCACCGAUCCCCGCACUGAAACCCCUUCCUGAACACCUUAAAUAUGCUUUCUUAGGAGAAAAUAAAACAUUGCCAGUCAUAAUUUCAACUAAACUGUCUGCCAUAGAAGAGGAAAAACUUGUCCAAGUGCUAAAAGAACACAAAACUGCCAUUGGGUGGACAAUUGCAGACAUCAAAGGGAUAAGUCCAUCCACUUGCAUGCACCGAAUCCUUCUAGAUGAAGGAGCAGAACCAUCUCGUCAAUCACAAAGAAGGCUAAACCCGCCCAUGAUGGAAGUUGUCAAGGAAGAGGUCAUCAAACUCCUUGGAGCCGGGAUAAUCUAUCCAAUUUCAGACAGCAAAUGGGUUAGCCCAACUCAAGUGGUUCCUAAGAAAACAGGGAUUACGAUUGUCAAAAACCAAAAUGAUGAACUGGUCCCCACUCGUUAUUUCCAGAUUGCAAUUGCUCCGGAAGACCAGGAAAAAACGACUUUUACAUGUCCCUUCGGCACUUUUGCAUAUCGACGCAUGCCGUUUGGCCUCUGUAAUGCCCCAGGGCAUAUGAUUGAAGUUUUCAUGGAUGAUUUUACAGUUUAUGGUAAUGUCUUAGGGCAUGUUAUUUCGUCUAGUGGGAUUGAGGUUGAUAAAGCCAAGGUUGAUAUUAUAGAAUCUCUGUCGUAUCCCACUAAUGUGCGGGAAGUCCGCUCUUUUCUUGGACAUGCAGGUUUUUAUCGAAGGUUUAUCAAAGACUUCUCGGAAAUAGCCUUACCUUUGAGCAAAUUGUUGCAGAAAGAGACAUCCUUUGAGUUUGACAAAGAGUGUAAAGGAGCAUUUGACGAAUUGAAAGAGUUGUUGACAUCUGCGCCGAUCAUUCAGCCACCUAACUGGGACUACCCAUUUGAGAUUAUGUGUGAUGCAAAAAAAGAACUUUUAGCCAUUGUUUUUGCUUUAGAAAAAUUUCGGUCUUAUUUGCUGGGCACAAAAGUUAUAGUUUAUUCUGACCAUGCAGCUUUUCGCUACUUGAUGCAAAAGAAGGAAGCCAAACCACGAUUAAUAAGAUGGAUACUCCUCUUAAGUGAGUUUGAUGUGGAGAUCAAAGAUAAGAAGGGGUCAGAAAAUCUUGUGGCCGAUCAUUUGAAUCGGUUGGUACACAUUGAACCUGAACCUCCACUGCGAGAAGCAUUCCCUGAUGAGCACCUAUUGGCUGCAACUGUGGUUUUACCUUGGUAUGCUAACAUAGUCAACUUUUUGGUUGUUAACAAGUUUCAUUUUGAUUCCUCUAAGGCACAAAAAGAUAAAAUCAGGAGUAAUGCCAAGUACUAUGUAUGGGAUGAACCGUACCUCUGGAAACAUUGUGCUGACCAAGUGGUAAGGCGGUGUGUACCUAAUGAUGAAAUUUCUUCAAUCUUUACCUUUUGUCAUUCUUAUGCUUGUGGAGGCCACUUUGGUGCUAAGAGAACAACAAGGAAGGUAUUGGAGUCUGGAUUUUAUUGGCCAACUUUGUUUAAAGAUUCAUACUCAUUUUGCAAGUGUUGUGAUUCUUGCCAAAAGUCAGGUAAUUUAUCCCGGAGAAAUGAAAUGCCACAAACUCCGGUCCUAUUUUGUGAGGUUUUUGAUGUUUGGGGCAUUGAUUUUAUGGGCCCAUUUCCUGUAUCUUUUGGUUUUGUUUAUAUUUUACUUGCUGUUGAUUAUGUUUCAAAGUGGGUGGAAGCUAAAGCCACCAGGACUGAUGAUUCUAAAGUUGUUGCAGAUUUUAUCAAAUCUAACAUCUUUUCCAGGUUUGGCAUUCCAAUGGCUAUAAUAAGUGAUCAGGGUACUCACUUUUGUAAUCGCACCAUCGAAGCUUUGCUUAAAAAGUAUCAUGUCACCCAUAAGGUGUCAACUGCCUACCACCCGCAGACUAACGGGCAAGCAGAGGUAUCCAACCGAGAAGUAAAGUCAAUCCUUGAGAAAACAGUCAACCCAAACAGGAAGGAUUGGAGUUUGCGAUUAGAUGAUGCAUUAUGGGCGUACAGAACCGCAUACAAAACACCUAUUGGUAUGUCCCCUUAUCGCAUUGUGUUUGGGAAAGCUUGUCACCUCCCCAUCGAGUUGGAACACAAAGCUUAUUGGGCUGUCAAGAGCUUUAAUAUGAACAUUGAUGAAAGUGGCCUACACCGGAAGUUGCAACUUUCUGAGUUGGAGGAGAUUCGCAAUGAGGCCUACGAGAAUUCAAGAAUCUAUAAAGAAAAGACAAAAGCAUUUCAUGACAAGAUGCUUUUGAGAAAGGAAUUUUCAAUUGGACAAAAAGUCCUACUCUUCCAGUCACGUCUUCGGCUAUUCCCAGAGAUUCAAAGUUUACAGACUUCUAAGAUAUUCAAGGUGAAUGGUCAUCGGCUUAAACCCUACCAUGAAGGGGCUCAAGUUGAUUAUAUUGUCGAUAUACUUCUUGAAGAUCCCAGCUACUUUGAAUAA